AAAUGUCAAUGUCAUAAUAAAAUCAACACACUUUGUUUUGACUUUUGGAAAAAUAUCACAUGUGCGUUUUGCGCACUUCGGUGUUCGUUCUACAUUAUAAAUGUGUUAAAACAAAGCAAAAUGAAUUCAAAGAAGAUAGCCAAGAACCCUUCUUUGGCGUACACAAGCCACCCAGACUACAGAAAACCGCCUAAAAUCGCUAAUCCGUAUCUUCAAUGUCUCGGCGCGCCUCACAUAGACUCUUUUAACUACAUGUUACACGAUGGUCUGAAUGCAGCGAUAGCGGAUUUAGUCCCCGUUGAAUUUGAGUUGCCGAGCGGGGAACGUGUGAAGAUAACUAUCGAUGAGGCAGGAUUCGCGAAGCCCAGUGUACCCAUGGAGGCUGUAGGUGUUAAGAAUCAGACAGUACUGCCAACGGAGUGCAGGCAGAGAGCAGCUACUUAUAAAGGGGACUUUAAAAUCCGACUAACGCUCACUAUAGACGAUAAAGCUAUUACGGUUGAUAGGUCUCUGGGAGCUCUACCUAUUAUGAUAAAGUCAAAAAUGUGCCAUUUAGCGGACCUAUCUCCAGAGGAGUUGGUGGAGAACAAUGAACAUGCAGACGAGUGGGGAGGAUACUUCAUUGUGAAGGGUCAUGAGCGUCUUGCCCGUAUGCUCUUGGUGACGAGACGCAACUACCCAGUGGCCAUCAAGCGAUCAGGAUGGAAGAUGCGAGGGAACCUCUUCUCAGAUUACGGCAUCAUGGUCCGGUGUGUCACUUCAGACCAGACCAGCACUAACAACGUACUGCACUUCCUAACGAACGGCACAUGCAAGCUGAUGUUCUCGUAUCGUAAGAUGAUGUACUACGCUGCUCUACUGCUCAUCAUGAAGUGCCUGGUGGACUGGCCCGACCACUACAUAUACAGGCUGUUGUUACACGGAAAGAAAAACGAUCUCUACUAUGUUAACUGCAUCCAGAACAUGUUACGAGAGCUCCACGAGGAAGGUCUCCACACGUCUGAGGAGUGCCGCCUCUUCCUAGGCCGGAUGUUCAGGCCGAAGCUGUACGAGCUGCCGCCCUGGGCCAGCGACCUGGACGCCGCCAACUUCCUGCUCGACCGCUGCAUACUGAUACAUCUGAAGGACCACAAGGAUAAGUUCAAUGCCCUGGUGUUCAUGACGCAGAAGCUGUAUGACCUUGUACAGAAUAAGUGUAAGGUGGAAGGCGCCGACGCCGUCAUGGUCCAAGAGCUGCUGUUGGGCGGGCACCUGUACCUGCAGAUCUUGAAGGAGAGGCUUCAGCAGCUGACCAGCAUCGUUAGGAUACAGCUGCAGAGGAAGGCCAAGACCGGCAAGAAACUGAAUAUAGGACAGCACGAACUACAACAAAUCCUCCGCAGCGCUGGCAACCUUGAACAAAAGAUGGAGACAUUCCUGGCGACGGGCAACGCCCCGUCCAAGAACGUGAACCUGGCGCAAGACAAAGGUCUCACUAUAGUAGCGGAGAAUAUCAACAGGAUGCGAUACAUGUCGCACUUCAAAUCGAUCCACCGCGGCUCGUUCUUCAUGGAGAUGCGCACGACGGAGGCGCGGCAGCUGCUGCCGGACGCGUGGGGCUUCGUGUGUCCCGUACACACGCCCGACGGCGCGCCCUGCGGACUGCUCAACCAUCUCACCAUGACCGCGCAGGUAACACAAACCCCUGAGGCGAAGCAAGUAGCGGCGUUACCACAAGUGUUGGAGAGAUGUGGCAUGGAGCCGGUGUCCAUAAUAUCCCAGACGCCGAUAUCUCGCGACGUGUACAAGUACCCGGUGUUCGUGGACGGCCGCCUGGUGGGAUACUUCCCCGAGGACACUGUGGACAAGUCAGCCGCCUACCUGCGGACCCUCAAGAUUAAAGGCGAGGAGGUGCCUAUCACCACGGAGAUCGUUGUCGUGCCGAAGAAAGAGAUUUGCGCACAAUAUGCAGGCGUAUUCCUAAUGACGAGCGAAGCCCGCAUGAUGCGGCCCGUCAUCAACCUGGCCACCGGACAGCUCGAGCUCAUCGGGACCAUGGAACAGCUGUACCUGGACAUCGCCGUCACACACCACGAGAUACACAAGGGUAAAACGACCCAUGUGGAGUUAUCGCAGACAGCGUUCAUGAGCAACCUGGCGCAGCUCGUGCCCAUGCCAGACUGCAACCAGUCGCCUCGUAACAUGUACCAGUGCCAGAUGGGUAAGCAGACGAUGGGCACCCCGAUCCACACGUGGCGUACGAACGCGGAGACCAAGUUAUACCGGCUGCAGAACCCCGCCACGCCUCUGUUCCGACCCACACACUACGACAACAUCGGCCUGGACGACUACCCCUGUGGGACUAAUGCUAUUGUUGCUGUUAUAUCUUAUACCGGCUACGACAUGGAAGAUGCGAUGAUCAUCAACAAGUCGGCCUACGAGAGGGGUUUCGGUGCGGGUUCCGUAUACAAGUCGGAGUUCGUGGAGCUGGCCCACCCCGCCUCCUACUUCUGCAGGGACCAGGCUCGCCAGGACCUGGCGCAGUAUAUCGACGAUGAUGGACUGCCUGCCGUCGGGGCUAGGCUACAACCUGAUGCGCCGUUCUAUUCUUUCUAUGACGCGGAGAAGAAUAUAUUCGUGGUGAGCAAGUACCACGGGAAGGAGGAGGUGUUCGUGGACAGCGUGAGGCUCUGCGGGGACUUCAGCUCCCGGCCGCUGAAGAAGGCUUGCAUCAUGCUGCGGCUGCAGCGUAACCCAACCGUGGGCGACAAGUUCGCCUCGCGCGCUGGACAAAAGGGCAUCUGCUCUCAGAAGUGGGCUGCCGAGGACCUGCCCUUCACGGAGUCGGGGUUGGUCCCCGACAUCCUGUUCAAUCCUCACGGCUUCCCGUCUCGGAUGACCAUAGCCAUGAUGAUCGAGUGCAUGGCGGGGAAGGCCGCCAGUAUACAUGGACAUGUCCAUGACGCCACCCCAUUCCGCUUCAACGAGAAAGACACAGCUAUCAAUUACUUCGGGCGUUUGCUGGAAGCGUCCGGCUACAACUAUUACGGAACUGAGCGCAUGUACAGCGGCGUCGACGGCCGCGAGAUGGACGCCGAUAUCUUCUUCGGAGUCAUUCAUUAUCAGAGGCUCAGGCAUAUGGUGUCUGAUAAGUGGCAGGUCCGCACGACGGGCGCGGUGGACGCGCUGACGCGGCAGCCCGUGAAGGGGCGGCGGCGCGGCGGCGGCGUGCGCCUCGGCGAGAUGGAGCGCGACGCGCUCGCCUCGCACGGCGCCGCCUUCCUGCUGCACGACCGCCUGUUCCACUGCUCCGACAAGACGCAGGCCGUACUGUGCUCAAAAUGUGGGACUCUACUUGGCCCAAUGGUGGGCAAGAGCGACUCUACGAAGGACACGUGCCGUCUGUGCGGCGAGGGACACCUGGUCUCCGUGGCUAUACCAUACAUCUUCAAGUUCUUCGUGACACAACUUGCGUGCGUCAAUAUUAACGUCAAAAUCAACUGUUCGGAACAUCUGUCCAUAACUGGCUGCUAGAUUAAGUGAUUAAUAAAUAUUGUUAUAGUGAA